AUGUCGGAAGAUUUCAUCGUUGGUUUCAUUUUGCUUUAUAUCUCUCUCCUCGGCGUUCUCUCCAAUUGGACCGUUCUCUUAUUCUUAUCAAAAGUCAGCUCUGUUCACGUUUCCUUCGGUUCACUAACACGAAACCAGGCACUGGGAGAUGCAUUUCAAACGACAACUGUUCUUUUCGUGGUGGUACCGAUGGUGUUUUUCGACAUCAAAAUCCUUAAAGACAACUCGAAUCUCAUCUCCUUCAUCAUGCUCUUCGGCUAUGAAGUAUCCGUUUUAUCCCAUCUCCUUCUCUCUUGCAAUCGAUUGUGUGCAGUAGCAAGUCCACUGAAAUAUCACCAAUUGUACAGUCAACGUCUCACCAUCGUCAUGAUAGGCAUCGCCAAUCUAUACGCCUUUGCGUCUAUCAUCAUGUUCUAUGCCUCGGGGUGCAAGUACUUCUGGAGCAGUGACCUCCAUAUGUUCAUGUACCAUGUCUCCAAUUCCUGUGUUGAUAUCUCGUUCUAUGGGAUAUUUUGUAAAUAUCUCACUAUUAUUGUGGUGAUUUUGGUUAUUGAUUUAUUCAGUAUUUACAAAGCUCAUCUGCUAUUCAGACACGCGCAUAGUGACUGUGUGACCAAACAAAUUAAUAAGAAAGAAGUGGGCUUGUUGGUGCAGACCUGUCUACAAGGAAUGCUGUUUAGUAUUGAACUUGUCUGCUACUUCAUUAUCUCCCCCAGAGUACAAAGUAUUAACACAUAA